AUCCCAAAUCAAUACACUGUCCCAAACAUACUUCUCUCGCCAUGAAUCGAAACACCCUUAUCGACGUCCUCGUCGCUUGUUUCGCCAUCGCCGCCUUGGUCGCACCGCAAGUGACCGCCCAAAACUGCGGAUGCGCCGCGGGCCUCUGCUGCAGCAAGUACGGUUACUGCGGGACCGGCCAAGACUACUGCGGACCGGGCUGCCAAGCCGGCCCCUGCAACCCUGCUGCCACCCCACCUGCCACUAACGCAGUGGUGGUCGGCGACAUAGUCACCGACGCCUUCUUCAACGGGAUCAUCAACCAGGCGGCCGCAAGCUGUGCCGGGAAGAGGUUCUAUUCAAGGCAAGCGUUCCUCGACGCCCUUGGUAGCUUCCCUAAGUUCGGCCAAGUCGGGUCGGUCGACGACUCGAAGCGUGAGAUCGCGGCUUUCUUCGCUCAUGCCACGCAUGAGACUGGAAGUUUUUGUUUUAUCGAAGAGAUAGAUGGGCAAACCGACCCCAAAAAGACCUACUGUGACUCCAGCAAGCCACAGUACCCGUGCAAGCCGGGCAGGAAGUACUUCGGGCGUGGGCCCCUCCAGAUCACAUGGAACUACAACUACGGCCCAGCCGGUCAGAGCCUAGGGUUCGACGGGCUCAACUCACCGGAGACCGUUGCCAACAAUCCGGUCAUCGCCUUCAAGGCCGCCCUUUGGUACUGGAGCACCAACAACAUCCAGUCCAAGCUGUCGGGCCAAGGGUUCGGCGCGACAAUUCGAACCAUUAAUAGCAUCGAGUGCGAUGGAAUGAAACCAGAACUUGUUCGAAACCGGGUCAUGUAUUACACUAAUUACUGUAAGCAAUUUGGGGUUGCACCUGGUGGUAACCUCAACUGUUAAGGGUCUUGUCUAGGACCGGUACUAGUUAAUGUGGGUACAAACUUUUGACAAUAAUGUACCCUAGAAAACAGCCUUUCUCUGCCUGAUAGAGCUCUGGUCGUCGGGAUGAUAAUGACCUUCCUGCACUAGUAAUGUUGGAAAAGACCCUGAAGAUAAAGGGAAUGAUGAAAUAAAGCUCUCUGUUUUUGUUAUGAACAUA